CUCAGAGAGCCCUCUACAGGGAUGUCAUGCAGGAGAACUACGAGACGGUGACCUCGCUGGGAUUUCCCAUUCCCAAACCUGAUCUGAUUGUCCGGCUGGAACAAGGGGAAGAGCCGUGGGUGCCGGAUCUCAAGGCCUGCGAGGAAAGAAGGCUUCUGAGAUGCCCCCAUUCAGGACAGGGCUGCAGUCAUCAGAUGUAGUUCACGCCAUUCCACCCAGCCUCUUACCUGCAGGAGUUUGCGUCCCAGCUUUCCUUCGCUCAGGUGCUGAGCGAGGGAGUGAGAACAUGGAGGGGAAUCAUCAUGAGGAAGAUCCCGGGGAAGUGGAACCACAGGGGACCUUUGUGGGAAGAGCUGAAGGGAAUUUUUCCCAGUGCUUGGAGCAGGGAGAAUCCUGGGGAAACUGGCACAGGUCAGAGAGGCUUCUGGGAAACCACCCAGGGAAGAAAGUGGAUGAAUCUAGUAAUGUUGCAGGAGGAGAGGAGGAUCCCAGAGCGCAGCAGACAAAUCUCAAAGAAGAGACACCGUGGCAGUACCUUCAGUGUGGGAAAGGGUUCACUGUGAGAUCACAGCUUGUGACACAUCAGACAAUCCAUACUGGAGAGAAACCCCUUCAAUGCUUGGACCGUGGGGAAAGCUUCAAUAAGCUCUCCGAUGUUAAUAACCACGGGAGAAUCCACAGUGGAGAAAAACCCUCUCAAUCCAUCGAAUGCCGGAAAUGUGUCAUUUCGAAGACGCAAAUAAUUAGACAUGAGUUAAGCCACACACGUGAGAGACCCCACAAGUGCUUGGAUUGUGGGAAAUGUUUCAUACAGAGGUCACACCUUGUUGCACAUCAGGCAAUCCACACAGGAGUGAGACCCUACAAGUGCUUGGAGUGCGGGAAAAGUUUCAUAGAAAGGUCAGGCCUUGUUAGACAUCAGGCAGUCCACACACGUGAGAGACCCCACAAGUGCUUGGACUGUGGGAAAUGUUUCAUACAGAGGUCACACCUUGUUGUACAUCAGGCAAUCCACACAGGAGAGAGACCCUGCAAGUGCUUGGAUUGUGGGAAAAGUUUCAUAGAAAGGUCAGGCCUUAUUAGACAUCAGGCAAUCCACACUGGAGAGAAACCCCACAAGUGCUUGGACUGUGGGAAAAGUUUCAUACGAAAGUCAGAACUUGCUAAUCAUCAGGCAAUCCACACAGGAGUGAGACCCUACAAGUGCUUGGAGUGUGGGAAAAGUUUCAUGAUAAAGUCAACCCUUGUUGAACAUCAGGCAAUCCACACAGGAGAGAGACCCCACAAGUGCUUGGUCUGUUGGAAAAGUUUCCUAAGAAAGUCAAACCUUGUUGAACAUCAGAUAAUCCACACUGGAGAGAGACCCCACAAGUGCUUGGACUGUGGGAAAAGUUUCAUACUGAAGUCACACCUAAGUCGUCAUCGGGCAUUGCACACAGGAGCGAGACCCCACAAGUGCUUGGAGUGUGGAAAAGGUUUCAUAUGCAGGUCUGACCUCAUUAAACAUGGAAGAAUCCACACAGAAUCUAAAUCUCUGUGACACAUGACUUACAUUCAGAGCUGUGGAGCCAGGAACAAGAGAUCUACAAUUCACUGGAAGGACGGCUGGACCCUCAAUUAGGCCACAGACUGAUUGUCGCCUGUCCCCCAGUGGGGGGGUGAACCUCAAAGAGGAGAGUGGUACAAAAGCACAAGGAAGAAUUGCCUCCAUUUUCACCUCUCCUCUCCCAUCUUUACAGAAGUCAACAAGAUGGCUUGAAAGGCAACAGGGGCCUUGCAGUGGGGAGGGCAGGCGAAGACUGGAAGGAAAUCCAGCCUGGGUAUUCAGAACUGUGAACUGCCUGCAACAGGGGGUGGAAAAUCCUGUUUGCUUCACAUCUUCUUUAGUUUGGUAUAAUGUAGGAUUUAAAUGCAUGUUUUAAUGUUGUAGUUUUAACCUUUUCUGACCUUUUACAUCUUUCUCCCUUGUAAUCUCUGAAAAACCCCUUGCUCCAGUUAGUAAAGUGGUUUUAGUGUUUUGUCUG